UUGAAUGAAUGAAUGAAUGAAUUGAAUAAAUGAUUCAUUCAUUCAAAUGUUGUUUUUUUCUGGAUUUGAAAAUAAAUAAUAAUAUUUUGACUGAAAUGACGGCUCAAAUGUCUUAAUCAAAACAAAACAAAUAAUAACUGAGUGUUUGUGUUGCGAUUGACCACCGAUUAUGGGACACAUGAAUUCAGUGGACACAAUGUGACGAUCGGGGAAAGUCUCGGACACAUUACACACACAAAAAUAUGAUUAUAUCGGUGUGUGAUUGGCGACGACGAGUGGCCAGAAUUGUGUCCAAAUAUGUCAACAAAUUGAUAGUCAUCUCAUUGAACGUCAUCUUCAAUUGGAUCCCUAUUUAUGUCAACACAUUAUUUACAAUUAUCUUCAUAUGUCUGCUAAUAUCCACUCUCUAUAUAAUCCUAUUUUCUCUCCAAUCGCUUCCAUCGCUGCCCUCACUGUCAGACCUGUCGUUAGCGCCAAAGUCGAGCCACCGAUCGCUGGCCGAAGCAAAGGCCAAUGUCAUCCGUGACUAUCACUUAGCCGUAAAGCAUGUCUUAACUGACAAUCAGUUGCAAUCGUCUCAACCGACGACAGCGACAAACUCAAAGUGCAAUCAUUAUAACUGUUUCGAUGUCUACCGAUGCGGUAAUUACGACAAUACAAUCACUUCAUUGAAAAACGAAGAGUUUAUUAAUGUAUAUAUUUAUCCGUCGAUUAAUUUUGUCGACACAAAUCAUAAGUCAUUAUUGAGCCCAAAGUCACAAGAGUUUACCGAACUCUUAGAGGCCAUCGUUUCGAGUCCUUAUUACACAAGCGAUCCGUCAAAGGCUUGUCUGUUAAUACCAAAUAUAGAUCUACUCAACCAAAUGAAUGUCAACCUAGAGGUUACCUCAAAAAUUUUAUCCUCUUUGCCGUAUUGGGGCAAAAAAGGUGCCAAUCAUUUGAUCUUCAAUAUGAUUUCGGGUUCUUUUCCCGAUUACAAUAAACGUAUUGAAGUAAAUCUCGGCGACUCUUUGAUAGCGGGCGCCGGAUUUGACACCUGGACCUAUAGACAAGAGUUUGAUGUGUCGAUUCCUUUCUAUAGUUUAUUUAGUAAUCAAUACCGUCAUAAACCAUACGAUGAAAAUCUAUUACUUAAUGCAAAACGUCAGUGGCUUGUAGUUUGUACUCAAUAUGAUUGGGUAUCCGUCGGUGAUCAACAAAUACUCAAAGAUUUAGAGGCCAAACAUACCGACCAAUUGCUUGUUUUAAAGCACGACUGCCAACAAAACGGACGAAUUAAUGUGACUAAAAUGUGCAAUAAUUAUAGAGAUAUUGAAGUGAAUUAUCCGAAUAUAUUAUCACAAUCAGUGUUUUGUCUUAUAUUGAAGACCAUAUUUUUAGGACAUCCAGUGCUCAGCGAUGCUCUUAUGUCUGGAUGUAUUCCAGUAAUUAUUUCUGACGAAUAUGUGCUUCCAUUUGAAACAAAGAUUGAUUGGAAUCGGGCAUCGAUUAGAGUACGAUCUCAUCUAUUGGCAGACAUUAUGACAAUCUUGACAUCAUUGCCGAAACAAAGGAUUGACGAAAUGAGAGAUCAGACAACGUUUCUCUGGAUGACGUACUUCAGCUCAAUGAAAGUGAUUUCAUUAACAACUCUUAGACUAAUUAAUGAACGAAUUUUUCCCAAUUCGGUGACUCCGGCCGACCAAUGGAAUCGUCCGAUUCCUUUCAUUUAUAAUAAAUAUGCAAUAAUUAGUCCAAAACUUGCUUCAGAACAAUCACAUGGCUUUACAGCUGUUAUACUUACUUACGAUCGUUUGGAUAGUCUUUACGAAGUCAUCAGAAGUGUAGUCAAAGCAAAAAGUUGUGUCAAAGUAAUUGUCGUUUGGAAUAAUCAGAUGAAAAAACCACCGAAACUGAAUCAAUGGCCCGACAUUCAGGUCCCGCUGCAGAUCAUUCCUACCGAAGAAAAUAAACUAAGCAAUCGUUUCUAUCCUUACGCUGACAUCGAUACCGAUGCUGUACUGGCCAUCGAUGACGACAUUGUUAUGUUGACGGCCGAUGAACUUGAGUUUGGUUAUCAAACGUGGAGGGAAUUUCCCGAUAGAAUUGUUGGCUUUCCAUCGAGAGUUCAUCGAUGGGAUAAUCUAACGCAUAGAUGGAAAUAUGUGUCUGAAUGGACUAACGAUGUCUCUAUGGUACUGACCGGAGCCGCCUUUUAUCACAAUUAUUACAAUCAUUUAUAUACAAAUAUAAUGCCUAAAGAAAUCAAGUUAUGGGUCGACCAACACAUGAAUUGUGAAGACAUUGCAAUGAAUUUUCUCGUGUCAAACGUGACGGGCAAAGCACCCAUUAAAGUGACGCCCAGAAAAAAGUUCAAAUGUCCCGAAUGUACAAACAAUGAGAUGCUAUCGGCUGAUGUCUUAAGACAUCUGAACCAGAGAUCCGAUUGUAUCAAUCGUUUUGCAGCUAUUUAUAAGUCAAUGCCUUUAAAAACAGUCGAAUUCAGAGCUGAUCCAGUUUUAUACAAAGAUAAUCUGCCAGAAAGACUCAAAGAAUUUAACUCAAUUGGCAGCUUAUGA